GACGAGGGACGGAGGAGGAUAGCCUAGCCUAGGGGGUGCGCGGUUGUUUCGGCUGUUUAUUAAUUCUAUAGCGAAGGAAAACUGGAUUUUGGACCUGGUUUCCUUGGCAGAGAGCCGAGAACUGCACGGCCGACAUCAUGGGGUGCUGUUACAGCAGCGAGACGGAGGGCACGGAACAGAGUCAAGAAACGAAACCAUUGAUCCCCCACCCAAACCCGGAGAGCAAACCCAACAACGGGACAGAGCGGAACUCUGCUAACCUUCCUUCCGCACGGACGGAUGAGCAGGCUCUCCUAUCAUCUAUCCUCACCAAGACAGCACUGAAUAUAAUUGAUGUCUCAGCUGCUGACUCACAAGGAAUGGAGCAACAUGAGUACAUGGACAAAGCGCGGCAGUACAGUACAAAACUGGCAGUCUUGAGUAACAGUCUGUCACAGAAAAAACCCACAGCCCUUCCUUCCCUCACUAGUCAGCCACAUCAGGUGCUCGCUAGUGAACUUGUUCCAUAUUCGGACGUGCAACAGGUUUCGAAGAUAGCCGCCUAUGCAUACAGUGCAAUUUCACAGAUUAAGGUGGAUGCGAAAGAAGAAUUGGUUGUGCAGUUUGCAAUCCCCUGAUCUCGCCCUGGCCGCUCCAUUUUCUGUCUCAGUUUUUUUCCUCACAGCAUCUUCCCUUUCUCUCCAUCUCAUCGAGCUAUCAGCAGAGCAGGAACAGCUGCGGACUGAAAAUCUUCUGAACUAUAUGUCAACUUCUGCUACAGAAAAAGUUUAUCCCCAGAAGCUACGGUGGAAUUUUAAAAUCGAAUGUGCAGUAUAAGAAUGGUGUUAAAUCUGUUUUAAGCGACUAAGCUUGGUAAUAAAAUAUUUAUGUGACGCUGGAAAGGGCUGUAUCUCAAACCACCUCUGGAAGCCUUUGCUUUGAGAUUGAAAAGUGUCAGGUCUUGACCACACGGUGGAAUAAUGUUGUAGUUUUGCUAUCAAGUGUAUCCAGAGCCAACACUGUGUGACAGCUGCGUUUCUGUCACUUCGCAUCUAGAUGUGUUGGUAACUGAAGCUACCCUCCUUGACGGGAAAAGGUUGAGAAAUGUCACCCAAGCCUGCUGCCACAAAAACCAUUUUGCAAAACACCACAAACACUACAUACUUCACUGAAUGAAACUUCUCCCUUAUUGAGAGGAGAUGGGUGAGGGGAGGGACUGAGAGAAGUGGGCUUUGGUCAUUGUCCUGGUGUCUGGAAAGAUGUUAAUGUCACUCACAGUUGCUUAUCCAAAAUUUGUUGUUUGCAGGCCUUAGGUGAAACACAUAAAAGAUGGCUCGGAAGGCACGACUAAAUGUAUCAGUUCUUCCCAUGUGUUCAGUUUCUGUGGAGAGAUGGAAACGGAGAGUUGCAUACAAGUUGCAUACACUCCACCCCUCUGUGAAUUGUGCUGAGCUGGGAAGUGCUGCUCAUGGGAGGUACUUGUUUGAAGAAUAGAAGCUACAAGCUUUGCCACCCUUUUUAUUAAAAAGAAACAUUUUAUCUGGGUUCAUUUUGAUGAAACAUACCAAUAUAAUUUUGGUGCCAAUUUUGUUUCACCAGAAUUUAUAGUCCCUUUGACUGAUGUAUGUUGAACAAAUGGAGGUUAAAUUGCCUAAUAAUGCUGUUGUAAUUUAUUUCUUUUGUAUUUAUCCUGCGUUUUCCGGGUGCAAGCAGAUCUCUAGUGGAAAGGCAAGCACAUCUGAGUUUUUAAAGGGAUGUACUAUGGGGUUAACAUGAACACUUUUUUUUUUGCUUCUUGCAGUGUGCUGUUAGUAU